UAACCACAAACUUCGGUGGGCCCCUAAGCCUUGGAUACCUUAGUCCCAGGCCCGUACCCUGGGAAGAACCGGGGAAGGCUGCCUGGAUACGGAAGAGCUCAGCGUGGGAAGAACCCAAGCCGAAGUGGGCGUGGGGAAGGAAUUUUGAGCAGGAGAAAAGGAAUAAGCAGAGGACGUAUUGCACAUGGGACUGACAUCGAAGGACCGGUCCUUUUAACCCUUCCGGAAGGGUUAAGACGCUUGACAAGGGAAAACGCGAUUCAGCCCUGAGUAAAUACAGACAGGAAAGCGCCUCUCCUUGAAACAAAACAUUAGUUCCGUCCCAAAGACGCAACCGCGAACGAGUGGUGGACGCGCCCGGAAGAAGCCCAAAUGAGGGCACUUCCGCCCUUCUCCAAGAUGGCGCCGGCGGAAGGGGCAGGGUACCGCCGAGGGAUGAUGGCAGCGUCGAGGCUGGAACUGAACCUGGUGCGGUUGCUGUGCCGCUGCGAGGCGAUGGCAGCGGAGAAGCGGGACCCGGACGAGUGGCGUCUGGAGAAGUACGUGGGAGCCCUCGAGGACAUGCUGCAGGCCCUGAAAGCCCAGGCAAGCAAACCAGCCUCCGAGGUGAUCAAUGAAUAUUCCCGCAAGGUCGAUUUCCUGAAGGGGAUGCUGCAGGCAGAGAAGCUGACCUCCGCCUCAGAGAAGGCCCUAGCCAACCAGUUUCUGGCCCCUGGCCGUGUACCAACCACAGCCAGGGAGCGGGUGCCUGCCACCAAGACGGUGCAUCUGCAGUCGCGGGCUCGGUACACCAGCGAAAUGAGGAGUGAGCUGCUAGGCACGGACUCUGCUGGAGAGCCCCAGCCGAAUGUGAGGAAGAGAACCGGGGUGACAGGGCCCAGACCAGGGGAUGAGAAACAGUCGGCAGCCGAGCUGGACCUCGUCCUGCAGCGACAUCAGAACCUCCAGGAGAAGCUCGCGGAGGAGAUGCUAGGCCUGGCCCGGAGCCUCAAGACCAACACACUGGCCGCCCAGAGCGUCAUUAAGAAGGACAACCAGACCCUGUCACACUCCCUCAAGAUGGCUGACCAGAACCUGGAGAAGCUGAAGACAGAAUCCGAGCGGCUGGAGCAGCACACACAGAAGUCUGUCAACUGGCUGCUCUGGGCCAUGCUUAUCAUCGUCUGCUUCAUCUUCAUCAGCAUGAUCCUUUUCAUCCGCAUCAUGCCCAAACUCAAAUAAAGACCUGUCCCGGCCCA